GUAGAACAACGGGGCGUAUACGUAUUUUCUACUUCUGAGAACAAAGCAACUAUUAUCUACAAUGGCGGCCAGUAAAAUUCCCGAUUGGUUAACUGCUGAAAUAUUUGAAGAUUUGCUCAAGGCAAAUGUGAACGGAUACUCAAAGGUCAAGAACUUUAAGGCGGACAUUGGAUCUGCUGCAGGUGAAAAUUAUGCCACCAUUAUGGUUCGUGUCAAAAUCGAAGUUGAGCUGCAAGAUGGCAAAUCGAAAUCGGUAUCCUACAUGGUUAAGUUGCCCCACCAACUGGAGGUUAUUCGGGAGAUGAUGAAACGAACCAACAUCUUCGAAAUCGAGCGUACCAUGUAUAACGAGGUUGUUCCUGAACUAGAGGACCUUUACAAAGCAGUGGGAUUGGACAUCACUUUCGGCGCCAAAAGCUAUGAUCUCAAGAAUGCUAAGACAGAGUACGUGGCCCUGGAGGAUUUGGGACUGAAAGGGUUCAAGAAUGCCAACCGCCUCGAAGGACUGGAUCAAACGCACACGGAGCGAGUUCUGCGAAAGCUAUCCCAAUGGCAUGCAGCAUCCGCCGUGCGAGUGGCCACCAAAGGACCCUAUCCCAAAAUCCUACUUAGAGGCAUGUUUAAGGAGGAAAGCAAGCCCGUUAUGUCUGAAAUGUUGAAUGGAAUGGGCGCGAAUUUCGUUAAAAGCUGCGCCACCUACGAAGGUCACGAGGCUUAUUUGGACAAAGUCAAAGCGUUGCAGCCUGUUACUAUAGAUAAGCUUUUUGAGUUCGCCAAGGUCGAGCCAACGGAGUUCAACGUUCUGAACCACGGCGAUUCGUGGUCGAACAACAUAAUGUUCCAGUAUGAUGCCUUCGGAAAGAUCAAGGAGGUGUAUUUGGUCGACUACCAGCUGCCCAAAUACGGAACCGUGGCACAGGAUCUGCUCUACUUCUUGCUCUCAUCCACAAAGCUGGAGGAUAAACUGGCCAAAUUCGAUUAUUAUAUUAAGAUUUAUCACGAUAAUCUGGUUGAGCACCUGAAGAUUCUGAAAUACUCGAAACCCAUUCCUACUCUGCGAGAUAUUCAUUUGGCACUUUUCAAAUAUGGCUACUUCGGCUACUCGGUCGCUACUGGUGUAAUGUCCGCUGUUCUCUUGGAUCCCACGGACAGUGCCAGUUUGGAGAACUUCAUGGGUGGCAAUGACUUCCAGAUGCAGCUCUACAACAGUCCCCGUUACCGCAAACACAUCCAAGCCGUCAUGCCCUGGCUGUUGAAUCGUGGCGCCUUGGAGCUCUAGAGCCGCCAACACAGUGAUUUCAAUUUUUCACAAUAAACAAUCGAAAUUGAGUCAGAACAAUGUGGGGCACUAUGAUAGUGCUAUCAGUAUCUGUGCGCGAUAAUGGCAAUGAGUAUAAAUAAACUUAGAACUUUUAACGAUAA